UCGAUGAUGCAUUGCAAGAGUUAAAGCAAGCUGCUGAUGCCAAUGACUCACGUAUGACACAAGAUGAGUUAGUUUCGGCAUGCAAUGCAUCUCUCCGACAGGCUAACAGUGAGAUUACCUCCAUGAUGGAAAAGUUAAAGCUGGAAGUAAAAAGUGUGCGUGAAGCAGUAAGUGCGGGAAACAAGAAUCAACAUACAGCAUUUACUGCUUCUGUGAUUGACAUGAAGAAUGAGGUGAUGUCUCACAUAACAGAAGAACUCAGAGAGGUAAAGAGUGCAAUUGUAUCCACAAUUGUGGAGCAACAGAGGAAGGUCCUUGCUGACAUAGCGAAUGCCGUGGAGCAAUGUGUCAGCACAGCAUUUAAUGAGAAGUAUCAAACAAAAUCACAAGCAUCACGUCGAGAUGAAUCUUUUCUCUCACCAGGACUCUAUGAAGAUGGAAAUAAUGCGUCUCCUUCUUACCAAGACGUUGGGCAGGAGGAUGAGGAGAGCGAGAGUGAAAAUAUUAUUCACUUGGUAAGCAGACAUACUAUUAAGAUGUGAGAGAACGUUUUGGAAAAAGUCAUCCAUAGCUGAUUUUUUUUUUUAAGGAUGAAGCCACUUCAUCUAAUGCUGUGCAAAUGGGGACUUUGGCUGAAGUGAAGGUAUAAAUACUUAAUGACUUGAUAAGAAUUAUUUACAUGCAAGGAAACAUUUCUGACAGCAAGACAUAUACUUUCUGUUUUGCAGGCAGAUAUUUUGAAGAAAGUUGGCAAUAAU